UGUGCAGCCAUUUUGGGGGAGGCUGUGGAUCGUCGAGCUUCUCUGUGCCAUUAUUAGCUGUCCAAAAACACACAAAGAAACCAAACGGAAAAACGUUGGACGACACGCCGUUAAAUAUGGGCCCACCGGGAGACAGAACACGCCACAUGUCGACUGAAAGAACGGAGGAUUUCAGCUGGAUUGUCGAUUUAUCUUGACAUGGCAUGUAGCAGGGCGAGUCGGAGGUUGUGACGACUGAAGAAAAGAAGAGAAAGAAAACAAGCGCAGCAAACACCUCGAAACUUCAGACGUGCAAAGGGGAGAUUUUGUUUAGCUAUUUUGCCCUUCAGCGUUUGUCGUUGGUUGGCUACUAAUUUCCUGGCAGUUUUUUUUGUCGAUGUAGUUGUUGACAAAACACGACUGAAGCAAAUUAUACCGACCUAAAAUGCUGAGUACAAGCAAAACUAGUUAGUCAGUCAAUCCUGUGCGUCUCUUGACUCUCACAGCACUGGCAGUCUCGUUGACCAGACGGGAAAAUGUAAACGCGUGGAAAGAUGACUGUACGCUGUCUAGCCAACCACACAUAGGCCUCAAUCAAGCCAGUCAGUCAGAAGAUGUAGCUAUAUCGCUGGUUCACUACUAGUUAGUGUCGGAAGUGAAUGCCUAGAUUAGCUUGCUAGCUCGCCUUAGCUAGUGUGCUAAAAAUACGCCCACAUCAUGACUACCAGCAGUGGCAACACCGCAGGCCGUGGGCCCAGUGAGUGGCAGUAACAGUCAAGGAAAUGUCAAGGUACUUUCGCAUUAGUCUUCGAUGUUACCCGGUGCCAAUAUCUCCUGGCAUCUGUAUUUACCUGCCAUGUUCGUCUGUAUCCCCGAUCCGUCUGUAACACGCACAUAACGCAGUCUAUACAGAGAAACAAACACAAAACGACAGCCAUGGAUGAGGGACUUUGAAAUGGCCAAAACAUUGUAUUUGUGUGCUUGCUAGUCUUUGUACUGCUCAAUUUCACUAGCAAAAAUAUAUUGCCGGUAUGGGUUUUUACAGUAGCGGCCGCUUCUGUUAAUUUCAGUAACGCGGAUUAAAAGUUAUGCAAAUUUGAGUUGCUCUUUCAUUUAAAUCUCUGUUGUAGUCCUUUGUCGAUGGCAGGUUGAAAAGCGAAGCUAAUUUGGCUUAAAAGUCAUGUCUUAAAACAUGUAUUUCUGAACCAAUAACGAUGAGAUGUAGUCUUAGCUUGCUGAUCACCCCCCUCCUCAACACUGCCCUUUUACAAAAAAUAAAAUGACUUAGUUUUGUUUCUGAUUUGACUUUUUUGGUUAGUAGUUAUUGGGCACUUCACAGAUCUAGCCUAUAGUUGUUUGAUGCGUUGUUUCUGCCAAGGGUAGCCAGCUCCAUCUUUUAUCCUGCGUAUAAAUACAAAAAUAGAGAGUGUUGCCAAAAUAUUCUGCACGAGAGGAAGACACUACCAUCAAAAUCUGACCAUGGGGGACCCAACUUCACGAAGAAAUCAGACAAGAAAUCGCCUUCGAGCUCAACUUCGGAAGAAAAGGGAAUCUUUGGCUGAUCAGUUUGACUUCAAGAUUUAUAUAGCCUUCGUUUUCAAAGAAAAGAAGAAGAAGUCUGCACUUUUCGAAGUUGCUGAAGUGGUGCCAGUGAUGACCAACAAUUAUGAAGAAAACAUCCUACGAGGUGUGCGGGAUUCCAGCUACUCUCUCGAGAGUUCAAUAGAGCUCCUGCAAAAAGAUGUUGUGCAACUACACGCUCCCCGAUACCAGUCAAUGCGAAGGGAUGUGAUAGGCUGCACACAGGAGAUGGACUUCAUCCUUUGGCCACGCAACGAUAUUGAGAAGAUUGUCUGUCUGCUAUUCUCCAGAUGGAAGGGGGCCGAUGAUGAACCCUUUAGGCCUGUUCAGGCCAAGUUUGAAUUUCAUCAUGGAGACUAUGAGAAGCAGUGCUUGCACGCUUUGGGUCGUAAAGACAAGGCUGGAAUGGUCAUGAACAACCCAAGUCAGUCUGUAUUUCUCUUCGUGGAUAGACAGCACUUACAGACUCCUAAAACCAAGGCCACAGUUUUCAAGUUGUGCAGCCUCUGCCUGUACUUACCCCAGGACCAGCUGACCUGCUGGGGUGUAGGAGACAUCGAGGAUCACCUCCGCCCAUACAUGCCUGAUUAAGACUUCCUGCUCCACUCAGCCACAUAGAGAAAAGCCCUUCCCCUCCCUCCUGCCUAAGCCUUCAGAAGCAAAGUGAUGUACUCAUCUCCACCAGUUUCCUUUUAAAAGAUUUGAACUUAUGCUUGGAUCUCUCCUUUGUUGUUACCUACUCGUUCUCCUCUCCCUGACCUGAAGCUGAUUAAGUUCCCAUCCUUGUUUUUUUCCCUCAAGCUCCCAAUGUUCCUCCUCUUCUCUUUGCCAUUUUUGGAUUGGUUCCCCCAUUUUUUUUUUAUUUCACUCCCUCUUCAUUCCCUCUUAAUCACUCAUCCAGUUUUGUUUAUUUGAACCUGCACGAACAUUGAUUUUGAGUGGUUGGUUGUUCUCUUGGAGCUGCACUGUCAACAGCACCGGUCAUUGAAGGAACUCUUUAUGUUGCAUCAAAACAGGAACAAACAAUACACAGGUCUUCACGGUGGUUCUCAGAUGGACGUGUUUUUAUAUCCUUGUUGUCAUAAGAAAGGAUUGUUAAAGCUUGUUUGUAAUGUCAAUGGGGUUUCUAGAGCAACUUUACACAAUCUUUUGACCAAGGGACAGGUGUGAAUAGGCGUUUAACACCUGUAUAAGCAAAGAAAACAAGAUGAACAAUAUUUGUGAAAUCAUAUGGUGUAGGUAUUGCUUCUUAUAAACCGCCUUAGUUUUUUUGCUGGAUUUUUGAAAAUGUUUUGGUGUCAUUUGCUUUCCUCUGAAACAUGCUAGGCAGGCCUUUGCUAAAAUUUUGAAUGACUUGAAAGAUGUUGUACACAAAGUUCAUACAUGUUGGUUAGAUGUUGAAGGUCAUUGUCACCAUUCAAAAUGUUCAUGCACCAUUCAUUUAAGCUACUGAAAUCUGAUGUUUUAUGUUAUGUUUGGGAUGUAGGUUGCUGAGAAUUUGAAAUGGUGACAUACUUAAUAUUUAACCUGCCUAACUAAAGUUGCUGAAAACUAACUGAUUUGUUUAAUUUGACUUACUAAAAUUAAGAUAAUUUGCUGCCAUGCUCAUCAAAUUAAAAUUGGGUUUUGCAGGCUUUUUGUUGGUCAAAGACUGAAGUACAUAGUACAUAUGGUUUUUCUCCUUGUUGAUUCAGUGUGUUCAGUUGAAAGGCUAUGAGGCGUGUAAAUUCUGGGGUUUUUUUCUGUUGAUUUUCAAAUCAAUACUGCUGAGCAUAUCCCAAUACAGUGCAAAUUCUGAAAGCGUAA